CCCUACUCUGUCCGGUAUUUCCCAAAGCCUCUCAAACGUCCCGCAGAAGCUCUCCCGGUUUCCGAGCUUGGCGCGGCAGUAUUUCACGAACAUUCGGAACCACCUCAACAGCCUUAUGCCUCAAGAUGCCUAAGAAACAACAACAACAGCAAAAACAGAAACAAGACAACAGUCAGCAAGAUGUAGAACUGAGCCGGCUCGUCCGACACUCCCCUCUCCCUCCUCCUCAUCAUCCACAGCUGCGAUCCCGAUCCCCUUCUCCCUCCUCCCCUAACAGCAGCAUCCUCGAGUUGCCCAAUGUGCCAUCCUAUCCACGCCUGCCACCCAUCGUCAGCUCCCCUUCCAAGCAACCCAGACCCCUAUCACAUCAGCUGUCUGGUCUAUCUAACCCAGCAUUCUUCAUUGAAGAUGACUCAGACAUUUCAGCAAUAAGACCUGCAGAGAGCUCCAACAUCAGCCUUCGCCCAGCUGUUAAUGUAGAGGAUGUUGACUCUGAUCAUGAGAAGGGAGGAGGAGCAAAAGGAGGAGGAGGAGGAGGAGAAGGGGAAGAACAAAUCCCCCAAAUCCUCACCCCACAGGACCCAAAGCUUACAACCCUCACUGUUCCUGUGACCCCUUCAGGAGGUCGUCAAAGUAAAGGAGAUAAAGAUAGUGGAAGGAAUCACAGGAGUGUCUGGACAAAGAUCAGGAGGCUUCAUUCUGAAAGUGAGGAUGACGAUGAAGAGGGAAACAUCCCCGUCAGAGCCUGGCCCAGCCAGUCCAGCCUGCACAGCACAGACGACGUUCUGAAAGAACGUCCAGCAUCUUCUGCCAGUCAGACCAGCACGGUGGUCAACGAGAGACUUCAGGAGCUCGUCAGGAUGUUCAAGGAGAGAACGGAGAAGGCCAAGGAGAAACUCAUCGACCCAGACAGCUCGGAUGAAGACAGCAUUAUCACCUCUCCUCCUCAGCCUCCAGCUGCUCAGCUCGCUCCUGGAGCUCAGCCGCCAGAUGAGAAAGAGACGCAAGCAGGUCCGUCAGGAGGCGGAGGAGUAGAGAGUGGAACAGAGGAGGGGCAUCCUGGCCGUUGCUGCAAGGUGAAAACACCUUGGUGGAUACGAGCCUGUGUGCGAUUCCGUUUCCCCGCCAGCAUCGACCCUUUCACCAACCUGAUGUACGUGCUGUGGAUGUUUUUGGUAUCUCUGGCCUGGAACUGGAACGUGUGGUUCAUCCCGGUGCGCUGGGCCUUCCCCUACCAAACCCCGGACAACAUUUACUACUGGCUGUUAACCGACUACCUGUGUGACCUCAUUUACAUCCUGGACAUCGCUGUUUUUCAGCCGCGCCUGCAGUUUGUGCGUGGAGGGGACAUAGUGUGUGACACAAAGGAGAUGAGAAAGAAUUACAUGAAAACCAAACGUUUCAAGUUUGAUGUGGCCAGCCUUGUUCCCCUUGAGCUCUUCUAUUUUAAAACUGGCAUCAACCCUCUGCUUCGCUUACCACGGCUGCUGAAGAUCAACUCCUUCUUUGAGUUCAAUGAUCGUCUGGAGGCCAUCUUGACCAAAGCCUAUAUCUACAGGGUGAUUCGUACCACCACCUAUCUUCUUUACUGUCUGCACUUUAAUGCCUGUCUCUACUACUGGACCUCUGACUUCAUAGGACUGGGACUGACUCAGUGGGUGUACAAUGGCGAGGGUAACAGUUACAUUCGCUGUUACUACUUCGCAGUGAAGACCCUGAUUACCAUUGGGGGUCUGCCAGAUCCCACCACCCUGUCUGAGAUCAUCUUCCAACUCAUCAACUACUUUAUUGGAGUCUUUGCUUUCUCAAUCAUGAUUGGACAGAUGCGCGAUGUUGUUGGUGCAGCUACAGCAAGUCAAACCUACUACCGGAGCUGCAUGGACAGCACUAUUAAAUACAUGUCCUCCUACCGCAUCCCGAGAGACGUCCAGAACCGUGUCAAAACCUGGUAUAACUAUACCUGGCAAUCACAAGGCAUGCUGGACGAGCAGGAGCUGCUGAAUCAGCUGCCAGAUAAAAUGCGUCUGGACAUAGCGAUAGAUGUCAACUACUCCAUUGUGAGCAAAGUCCCUCUUUUUCAGGGUUGUGACAGACAGAUGAUUUUCGACAUGCUGAAAAGCCUGCGCUCUGUCGUCUACCUCCCAGGGGAUUAUGUCUGCAAAAAGGGCGAGGUGGGUCGGGAGAUGUAUAUCAUAAAGGCGGGAGAGGUGCAGGUGGUUGGAGGCCCAGAUGGGAAGACUGUAUUUGUCACUCUUAGAGCGGGAUCAGUCUUUGGAGAAAUCAGCUUGCUUGCAGUCGGCGGGGGUAACAGGCGCACAGCCAAUGUGAUUGCUCAUGGCUUUGCCAAUCUAUUCAUCCUGGACAAAAAAGACCUGAAUGAGAUCCUGGUCCACUAUCCGGAGUCCAAGAAACUGCUGCGCAAGAAAGCCAGGAAGAUGCUUAACAAAGGAAAGAAACCUGAAUCUAAAGAAGAGGCUAAGGAACCCCCUCAGGUACCAUCAGCUCCUGUCAGGGCAGAGACGCCCAAACUGUUGAAAGCAGCUCUUGAGAUGACGGAGAGAUCGUCGGGACUUAAAGGAGCUUUGGCAAAAGUCAAAGAGAAGACGAACAAGUCCAGCAUCUCCUUACAGCCGUCGAUCUCCUCCCCCCUCCCCCCUCCAUCCCCUGCCUCCAGCUUGGAACCUGACAGGGAAGUGGACACGCCGUCACCCAUGUCUGCCGGCUCUCCGACAUUUCGCUCUGCUUCCCGGUGUCGGUACUCUGCGAUGCCUCAGUCACCCUCUGUGUGCCACAGUGACACAGUCACAAAGGAGCCAAUCGGUGAUGAUGAAGGAAACGGGAAGAGGAAAGAAAAAAAGUCGUGAUUACUUUCUAUUUAGUUCAAUUUAUUUUCAGUUAUAUAGCGCCAAGUCCCAAUAGCUGCUGCCUCAAGGCUCUUUAGACUUUAGGGUAAAGACUAUGAUAUUAGAGAGAAAACCUCAAUAAUCAGGUUUCCCCCCCUAUG